AUGAUGGGGAGAUGCUUGGCACUCAUUUUACUGAUUUCAGUGGUAAUGCUUACCACAACUGACAGUGUGAAUGUGAGGUUGGUUGAUGGUCACAGUCGCUGUGCUGGUACAGUGGAGGUUCAUCAUAGAGGUCAGUGGGGAACAGUGUGUGAUGAGGAAUGGGAUUUGGCUGAUGCUGCAGUGGUGUGUAGAGAGCUGGACUGUGGAGAACCUGUAGAUGCUCUGGGUGAUGCUCAUUUUGGACCAGGAUCAGGACCAAUCUGGAUGACUUUUGUCUUGUGUACUGGAUCAGAAUCUACACUGAAGAACUGUGGGUCAUUUGGAUGGGGUAAAAAUAACUGUGAUCAUUCUAAAGAUGCUGGAGUCAUCUGCUCAGUCAGGCUGGUUGGAGGUUCUCGCUGCUCUGGGUGGUUAGAGAUACUUCAUGAUCAGACGUGGAUGUCAGUGUGUGACGCUGCCUUUGACCAGCAGGAUGCAGAGGUUGUGUGUAGAGAGCUGGACUGUGGGGCUCCUGUACAGGUGCUGGGAGCAGCUGCUUUUGGCAAAGGAGACACUCAGAUGUGGACACAAGAGAUUCAGUGCAGAGGAAAUGAGUCUCAGAUUCACCUCUGUCCAACAUCACCAUCAGUCAAAAGCAACUGUUCUCAGAAACACAUCAUUGGUUUGCUGUGUGCUGACAAAAUAAAUGUGAGGUUGGUUGGUGGUCACAGUCGCUGUGCUGGUAGAGUGGAGGUUCUUCAUAGAGGUCAGUGGGAAACAGUGUGUGACGGUGGUUGGGAUUUGGUUGAUGCUGCAGUGGUGUGUAGAGAGCUGGACUGUGGAGAACCUGUAGAUGUUCUGGGUGAUGCUCAUUUUGGAUCAGGAUCAGGACGAAGCUGGAUAAAAAAUGCAUUGUGUACUGGAUCUGAGUCCUCACUUAAGAAUUGUGGAUUUGUACCACUGCUUUAUCAUGACAGCUGUCUUGAUAAAAAUGCUCAAGUCAUUUGUUCAGAAGUCAGGCUGGUUGGAGGUUCUCGCUGCUCUGGGAGGUUAGAGAUACUUCAUGAUCAGACGUGGAUGUCAGUGUGUGACACUGCCUUUGACCAGCAGGAUGCAGAGGUUGUGUGUAGAGAGCUGGACUGUGGGGCUCCUGUACAGGUGCUGGGAGCAGCUGCUUUUGACAAAGGAGACACUCAGAUGUGGACACAAGAGAUUCAGUGCAGAGGAAAUGAGUCUCAGAUUCACCUCUGUCCAACAUCACAAUCACACGAAAACAAUAGUUCUCAUUACAAUGAUGUUGGGCUGGUGUGCAAUAUUAGAGUGAGGUUGGUUGAUGGUAACAAUCCAUGUGCUGGUAGAGUGGAGGCUCUUCAUAGAGGUCAGUGGGGAACAGUUUGUGAUUAUGGUUGGGAUAUGACUGAAGCUGCAGUGGUGUGUAGAGAGCUGGACUGUGGAGAACCUGUAGAUGCUCUUGGUGGUGCUCAUUUUGGACCAGGAUCAGGGCCAAUCUGGUCACAUUUCAAGUUAUGUAAUGGAUCAGAGUCAACACUUAAGAACUGUAUAUCAGCAGAAGUGUUUUUUUAUGACUGUGAUCAUACUAAGGAUGCAGGAGUCAUCUGCUCAGGUAAUCUGCUUAUUGGAAACACCAGUUGCUCAGGGAGGUUAGAGAUACUUCAUGAUCAGACGUGGAUGUCAGUGUGUGACGCUGCCUUUGACCAGCAGGAUGCAGAGGUUGUGUGUAGAGAGCUGGACUGUGGGGCUCCUGUACAGGUGCUGGGAGCAGCUGCUUUUGACAAAGGAGACGCUCAGAUGUGGACACAAGAGAUUCAGUGCAGAGGAAAUGAAUCUCAGAUUCACCUCUGUCCAACAUCACCAUCACAUGAAAACGACUGUUCUCAUGAUAAUUACCAGGGGCUGCUAUGUGCUGGUUAUGCUGAGGUUCAUCUAGUAAAUGGUUCAGACUCCUGUUCUGGUCGAGUUGAACGUCAGUACUUCAGUAAAUGGGGCACAGUGUGUGAUGCAUGCUGGGAUAUGAGAGCUGCCAGUGUCCUCUGUAGACAGCUGAAUUGUGGGAUUGCUGUGUCUGUUGUGGGAUCAGACUGGUUUGGAGAGGGAAGUGGUGAAAUCUGGGCUGAUGUGUUUGAUUGUGACGGGAAUGAAACAAAACUCUCAGAAUGUUCCAUCUCUUCAUGGAGUCGAGCUGAAUGUUCUCACAGACGAGAUGUUGGAGUCAUCUGCUCUGGUUCCUCUCUGGCUCUUCAUGAUGGUCUGGUGCGGUUGUCUGGAGAGAGACAGUGUGAGGGGUUGGUGGAAGUUUUCAUCCAUCAGGUCUGGAGGAGAGUUCUGCUGGACUCCUGGAGUCUCACUGAAUCCUCUGUGGUCUGCAGACAGCUGGGCUGUGGCUCUGUGCUGAACUUCUACGGCUCCUCUUCAUCCAGUCCUGAACACAGUCAUGAGUGUGUGACGGGCUUCCAGUGCUCUGGGAGUGAAGCUCAUCUGGGGAACUGCAGCUCUCCACAAACUCUCAACUGCAGCUCCACACAACAGCUGUCAAUCACCUGCCUUGGUCGCGGGUCCAUCAGGCUGGUGGGUUCUGGCGGAGACUGUGCAGGGAGGCUGGAGGUUUUUCACAGCGGCUCAUGUGGGACAGUGUAUGGAGGCUGGAGGUUUUUCACAGCGGCUCAUGUGGGACAGUGUAUGGAGGCUGGAGGUUUUUCACAGCGGCUCAUGUGGGACAGUGUGCAGGUACCAGCCUGGUUUGGUCCUGGUUCUGGACCCAUAUGGCUGGAUGAGGUGGAGUGUGAGGGGAAUGAGACGUCCCUGUGGAGCUGCUCUUCUCCAGGCUGGGGAAAACAUGACUGUCAACACAAGGAGGAUGUAGGAGUCAUGUGCUCAGAAUUUAAAGAGAUCAGGUUAACUGAGGGCUGUGAAGGGAAUGUGGAGGUUUUCUACAAUGGAUCCUGGGGUAAUGUAUGUUACAACAAGAUGGACAGAGACACAGCAAGUCUGAUUUGUCAAGAGCUGAACUGUGGAAGAUCUGGUGAUUUUUCUGAUUCAGUAUCAAGAGUGAAAUCAGCUACUAACUGGCUGGAUGAAGUGAAAUGUCGACCACAUGAUUCAAAUCUGUGGCAGUGUCCAUCUUCAUCCUGGGGACAGAAUGACUGUGGUGAAGAUGAAUUGGCCAAAAUCAUCUGCUCAGAACAGGAGAGUCAUGAGUCUCCUCGCAGCUCUCUGACAUGCUCCACAUCUCUCCACCAGAGACAGUGUUCAGAUCAUGUUCCUCUCAGACUGAGUGGAGGGGAGGGCCGGUGCUCUGGGAGGCUGGAGGUGUAUCAUAACGCUGUGUGGGGCUCAGUCUGUGAUGAUCAGUGGGACAUCAGCGAUGCUCAGGUGGUCUGCAGGCAGCUGGGUUGUGGAGCAGCACUGAGGGCUGAUGGGAAUUCAGUCUUUGGUGCUGGUGAAGGUGUUGUGUGGCUGAACAGAGUCGAGUGCAGAGGGAAUGAGAUUCACCUGUGGGACUGUCCUCUCUCCCUGAAAAACCACACUGACUGCUCCCACAAAGAGCACGCUGGACUCACAUGUGCAGAUUUGCCAGAUUUGUCAGUGUCCUCUACUCCUGCCGCAACAACAUCAGCUUCUCCUCCAGUUUUUCCUCCAGUGCGUUCAACAUCAGUCUCUCCUCCACAAACUCCUCCAGCAGUGUCUCUCUCCAUCCCCCCAGUGCUUGUGAUUGUUCUGGGAGUUGUGCUCUUACUGUUCUUAGUGCCACUGCUUAUACUGAUUCAGCAGAACAGAGUGAUGAGGAGAGCUCUCUCUAAGAGGAGACACAGGACAACGACUGAGGCUGUUUAUGAGGAGAUUCAGCACAGACCCACUAAUAGACACAGUCUCUUCACUCAGAGGGGAAGUAUCUUUUCUGAAGAACAGCAUUCUGGGUAUAAAUAUGCUGAUGAGCUUGUUUCAGCAAAAUCUUCAGCAAGUGUCAAACCUGGCUACUAUAAUGACAUCAGCACCACUAAAGGCCCAACAGAAGAGCAACAAAUCACACCAGAGGAUUAUGAUGAUGUAAUCACUGCUGGUUGGAGACAUUGUGCUAAAGAUGACUUACCAGAAAACUAUGAUGAUGUCGUCACUGUACCACAGUUCUCCAAUGAUAAAGCAGACUAUGAUGAUGUGGGGGAAGGGCCAGGAAAACAGCGAAGGACUGUGUAACUGAAAC